AUGAAUUUGAAUUACCAGGCACUGAUUCUUGGAGGAAGUGACACUACAGCUUCAACUCUCACAUGGGCCAUUGCUCUUCUUCUAAACAACAAAGAAAUGUUAAAGAAAGCACAAGAUGAGAUAGACCUCCAAGUUGGCACAGACAGAAAUGUCGAAGAUUCGGACAUAGAAAACUUGGUGUAUCUUCAAGCCAUUAUCAAAGAAACAUUGAGAUUGUAUCCAGCUGGUCCUCUCUUAGGCCCUCGAGAAGCGAUGGAAGAUUGCACGGUCGCAGGUUACCACGUUUCUCGCGGAACAAGAUUGAUAGUGAAUGUAUGGAAAAUCCAAAGAGAUCCGAAAGUUUGGAUAAAACCAAACGAGUUUAGACCGGAGAGGUUUAUUACAGGAGAGGCAAAAGAGUUUGAUGUAAGAGGACAAAACUUUGAAUUGAUCCCAUUUGGUUCGGGAAGAAGAUCAUGUCCUGGCUCUUCAUUGGCCUUGCAAGUGCUUCAUUUAGGUCUUGCUAGUUUUCUUCAUUCGUUUGACGUGAAAACUGUUUUGGAUCAACCUGUUGAUAUGAGUGAGAGCCCCGGCUUGACCAUUCCUAAAGCUACGCCUCUUGAGGUUCUAAUCAGUCCACGGCUCGAAAAACAGCUUUUUGUGUGA